GUCAGGCAUCGGCUGGGCAUCUCGUUGAAGGACGGUCAGUAGAUCAGUGAUGUGAUGACCUCCACAGCUGCAGGAACUGGGUCUGUUUGUCUCAUUGUCCUCAGGGUCGAGGACGAGACAGGGAUCAGAGAAACAGAAUCCUAUUAGCAUAUGGGCCGUUCACAUGUAAUGCAAGUGUCAUAGGUUAUAGUGGUUUAAGUCAGCUCGGUUCCAGACAGGCUAACUAUUGCGGCAUAAGUAUAUUACCCAUAAGAGGUAUGUGAGUUCUUUGUUCUAGACAAACUAACUAUUGAGGGAUAAGUACAUUUACUGGACAUUUUAUGUGAAUGCUUUGUUAAAGAAGAAUGUCUUAAGUUUAGCUUUAACUUGACUAAAAUUGUCAUUUUAGUUCAACCAAAAAUGAAAAUCCUUUCCUUAUUUACCAACUCUCAUGUUGAUCUAAACCUGAAUGAGUUUCUUUAUUCUGUGGAACACAAAAGAAGAUAUUUUGAUAGUAAAUGCAUAAACUAACAUGAACAAACAAUGAACAAUAUUGUUUUUCAGCAUGUAGAUUCUUGUUAAUCUUAAUGUCAAUACAGUUAAUCAUGCUAGUUCAUGGUGCAUUCAUUAAUGUUAACAGUUACAAUGUUUAAUUUUAUAUUAGUAAAUACCAAAAUUAACAUGAACUAAGAAUAAUAAAUACUGUAGAAGUUUUGUUCAUUGUUAGUUCAUUUUAGCUAAUUCGUUAAGGAAUUGUUAUCAGAUACAACCUUUUUGUAAAGUGUUACUAAAACUGCUCAUCAAGCAUGUAUGUGUUAGCAGCUCUUGAAGUCAGUUUUUUUUUAAAUCACAAAUAAUGUGUCCGUACUCUGUGGGUGUCAGUUUUACCCAUCACAUUUAUGUGAUGGUAAAGUUAAAAAUCAAAAUCUAGUUUAAUUUAAAAACUGGGAAGCUCUUGCCAUACAUUUUAAAGGCAGUUAUGCAUAUUUGUGAAUGCUGUCAUGUAUUCUACAAUGCAAAAGCUAAUACAUACAAUGCACGUGUAAAAAUGUACUAACAUUAAUCAUUUAGCCUACAAACACUUUCAUACUUUUGCUCAUGCUUUUACGGUGUGUACAAUGUGAACCUGUGAUGUAUUUCCUGUAUGAUAUUUCUUGGGUGUGUACCUGCUUACCAAGUUGCUUACAAUAAUAAAUUAUUAUAAAGAUAUAAUAAAGAUGCAUAUUCAACAGCCCAGUUUUGCACUCUAUAUACAUUCAUUUGUCUUUUGUAUGUUUAGUAUACUGUAUAAGAGCAAAACAUUUUCAGUGUGGGAUUUACUGGGGGAAUUGCUCAACAUAAAUAAGGCUUGAUCCCCCUUCAAAGACAUCAAAAUCUAGAUGUAUUGUUUUAAUGCAUUUAUCGCAUAUGAAGCUGUACAGCAUUUGCAUGAAAAGCCUAAUAUAUAAUAUAGCAUGUAAAGUGCAAUAAACGUUUUUUCUCAUACAAUAUUAGUUAGGUGCCCCCACAUUUACCACUUCUUACAUUGCAUGUUUAGUCAAGAUUCAAAAUAAUUCGUUGUCAGACCAUAGUUUACUUCCUGAGACUACUUCCUCAUGCAGUGCCCACUAAGCACACCUCAAAUUUCAUAUUCACAUCAGCCACUGUGAGAUGAUGGAGAACAUGAAUGUUUCCAACAAUUCUCUUGUUGGCCAUACUUCAGUGGGUAUGCUAGUGUCCAGCUCCGUUUUGGGAAUGUGCUGUGUGCUGGGUGUACCGGGUAAUGUAGCAGUGCUGGUAAUGCUUGCCCCACAUUUAAAGGAGGACAGCAUCACUCCAAAACUGAUGAUGAGUCUGGCCGUCUCUGAUCUGCUGAGUCUGAUUUCCCUGCCUGUGUGGAUCUACGCUCUACUGAAUGGUUGGAUUUUUGGCCAAGGUCUGUGCAAGAUCUUGUCCUAUGUAGUGUACUGGAGCUUGUACAGUAGCGUGCUUUGCGUCACCUUGAUGAGCGUGCAGAGAUACAUACAGGUGCUGUAUCCACAGCGGUGGGCUAAGCUUGGAAGAAGUGGACAUUAUGGGCUCAUUUCUGGGAUUUGGACAUUAAGUAACAUUUUUGCUUCCUAUGCUCUUGUUUACCGAACGGUUAAGAAGACUGAUGGGAAGUUACACUGCUACCAAUCCUACAGAGACAAUCAAGAAAAAACAGCUAUUUUACUUUUAGAGACUUUGGUAAUGUUCUUUGUACCUCUCUUAAGUCUUCUCUGCUUCUACCUUCGACUUCAUCGACGGAUACGUCAAUCAACCUUUAGCAGUAACAGGUUGACAAAACUGGUGGUCAGAAUUAUAGUGACUUUCUUUAUUUUCAGCACCCCAUGCAUGAUUAACAAUGUAGUCCAAAUAGCAGUGCCAAAAAAAUUAGAAGUAAGCAACAAUGUUACUGGGGCUCUUUUCUUCAUCAACAGUUGUGUUAACCCCUUCCUUUAUGCCUUUUCAGCUCGAAUGCUACAAAGCCAAAGACAGCAUUCAGACCAGGCACAUGCCUCAGAAUAAAACUAUGUAACAUAUUCUCAGUGCAAAUCAGGUCAGCGUACUUGGCUUUAGUUUCUGUAAAAUGAGGAUCUGUCUUUAAUACUUGACUACACUCUAAGAAAAGAUGUGUUAAUUUUUUUUUACAUAUUUUUCGUGUUAUGCUAUUUAACACAUUUUGUGUCAUUUUAACACGUGUGUCAUUUUGUGUUAAAAUAAAUAAAAGCGACAAACCAAUUAAUGUGUGUAUUUUGGGACACCGGAUUUAGUGUUUUGUCCCAAAACUAACACUGAAGAGUCUAUGUGACUACUGUUUGCUUAAUAUAGGAAGGCUCAAGAUUAUUGUACAUGUUUUCCAUUUGUAUUUUAAUUCAUUUUAUUCAAUUUUAAUAUUUUUGUAGUUCAUUUCACAGUUUCGCAUUGAUGCAAAGCAGCUAUACAGCAAAUGCAUAAUGAAAACAGUAAUGAUUAACAAAAAGUACACUCUUAGAACAGAUUUGUUAAAAAACACACAUUAGUAUUGAUUAUGGGACAACACACUAAAUGCGUUGUCCCAGAAU